UAUGGCUGCAUCUACAGACGUUGCUACGAUCAAAGUGCAGAGAUACCUGAACAUGCCAUUGGUACAACGAUGUAAAGAAAUAGCAGCAUUAAUAGAUGAAUCCAGUACAACAGAAUUGCAACAUGUGUUCCCGAUAUUGAUAGACUCAUUGUUUGGAAUAACAGACAAUGUUGGCUGGGGUUUACACAGUAUUACUUUUAAGAAGAACCCAUUAGAGUAUGAGAUAUUGUGCAACUUCCUUAAUCCACAGGGACCAGUUUUCUUUUUAUGCUAUAAAUUACUACCAGACUGUUAUGUGAAAUAUAAUUUUCCAGUGUCAUAUCUACCAGUGAAAAUACGUUCUAUGUUGGAAGAAGGUGUGAUACCACCAUUUUAUCUUGACAAAAUUAGGGAUGAUCAGGGAACACGUGCUGUGUCUGUCUUAAAUAUGAAUCCCUUUGAAUAUUACAUCAUACAUUUUGCUUACCAUUUGACAAACCCAUGGCUGCAAGUGCAGCAACAGGAAAAUGUGUGGAUCAAUUGGGAGACCGUUUACGUCCAAUUAGCUCACUGUUACUUGUAUCAUUUUUUACCUAGAGACAAUUCCCCAGUUUUGCCAAUUAUUGGCCCGUACAUAAGAAAAACACCCCAAAGGAAGCUGGUACAGUCACCUGAAACUAAAAGGCUGCAAACACCGCGACUUCUCAGAACAUCCAUAUUAUCGCCUGGAUCUCCAAAUUCCGCUUCAGCAGUUCCCCAACAGCAAUGUCUGCCCCAAGUUUGGAGAAGUGAGACUGUAGUUCAAGUUUUUCUAGACUUUUGGUUGGAAUACACAGAAGAAGAUCAGUUAAAUACAAGAUUAGGCACGUCCUAUUCUGCAUCUGUUCCGCGAAGACAUAGUAUCCAUUCUGGGGAACACAUACGCCUUGUACGAGCAUUUAUAAAGACUUUGCAUGAAUUUGCGAACAGUGCCACAGGUGAUAAGAGUGCGAUGGAUGAGCUCAAACGAAUAAUUUUGCCUUCUGUGCAAGGGAAGAUCUAUACAUUCCUUCGGAAAGCUAUACACCACUGGCCCUUAGAUAGUUCAUUUAGAUUAAUCCUUGAGGCAUGGUUAAGCUUCAUUCAACCAUGGAGGUAUUUCCCUGGUAUAUCGUAUACCAAGGAAGGUAAAUCAGAGGAAGAAGAAAGAGGAAAGAUACAUGAUGUAUUCAGAUGGAUGCAUUUUGUUGCAAAUAAUUUGUUAGCUUAUACAGCAAUAUUUCAGCAAUUAUUACCACGUUUUAUGAGAACAGAUCUUGUAGCUCCAAAAAAUGCUUUGAUGCUAUUCAGAGUUACAAAAGUAUUUUCACAACCACAUCUGGCGAAAAUGAUAUGCGAAGUAGAGAGUCAUAUGGACGACGUAGGAUUGAGUAGAAGUCGAGUAUCUACAAAUCAGUGGGUCUCGAACGUAAGACAACAGAUUUUAGAUCUGGAAGGACCGACAUACCAAUACGUUCCAAUGUUUUCAAUGGCCACCGUUUCACAGGUCGUGUGCCUGUUAAGUACUAUUAAGCAAGCACAUUUAACAGCGACUAGUUUAAUCGAUGCAUUAGAAAAGAAGAGACAAAACAGAAAACUUUUCUUAACAAUAUGGGAAUUCUUUAAUGGUGAAGAUUACUCCUCGGAUGAUAUUAGUAUAGACGAGCGACGACGAGUUCCUGUAUACUUGGCAAAUGCGCAGCAACAGUUGAUUGAAAUCUUUGAGAUCAAUGUAGAAGAUAUUCCUCAAGUAGCAAUUGAAGCCGAUCAAGAAUAUCACGACAGUAUUCUAUCUACGUCCUUUUGUCAUCAGUCACAGAUGGAUUCUAGUUUAGACACUAGUAAGCCAGGUGUUUUUGUACCAAUACAAAAAGACAGGCAAACAUGUCAGUACAUUGAAUACAUGGGAGAUCCGGAAUUGCAACCAGUGAGAUACAACGAGUGUGCUUUUCUUGUUAGAAUUUUGUACAAACUCUGCACUUAUAUAAACCAGAAGUACCGACACAAGAUAAGUACCAUGUAUAAUCAACGGGGCUUCGUGGGCAGCGUUUGCCGACAAAUUUUACAACCACCCACGAAAGUUGUGAAGUUACCAAAACGAACGUCGAAUGGGUUUUCCAAUGGCUACGAAGAACGCAUUCCACCCCGAUUGAGUCUACGACCACUGGCUGAUUAUGGACUUCUCUUAAGCUUAGCAUUAGGAAUGUUUAUUGCUUGGGUUAUAAAUUAUGGUUGCUUCGCUUUUCUCGGAUUUAUUUUUUGUAUAUGGUUUGUAUAUGUAAUAAUACGCGCGACGUUGGAGCCCUGGAUUACGUGGAGGAGGAGUUCAACAAGACAUAAUGCAACGUCGUUCUCAAUAAAUUAA